AUGAAGGCAAUCGUCGUCGCCACCCCCGGGAAAGCCUCCUUUGUCAGCGACAGGCCGAGGCCGACUUUGAGAGACGAUUACCUGCUCGUCAAGACACAUGCAAUUGCUCUCAACCCCACGGACUGGAAGCAUGCCGAGCUCACUCAGACGCCUGGCGUCCUCCUGGGUUGCGACUACGCGGGCGUAGUCGAAGAGGUCGGACCAAAAGUCACCAAACCGUUCAAAAAGGGGGAUCGCGUCAUGGGCUUUGUCCACGGCGGCAACUCUGCCGAGCCUGAAGACGGGGCUUUUGCCGAGUACAUUGUCGUCAAGGGCGACAUCCAGGCGCAUGUUCCCGACGAUAUGAGCUUCGAAGAGGCCGCUACCUUUGGCGUUGGCAUCACCACUGUCGGCCAAGGCCUGUACCAGACUCUUGGCCUCCCACUGCCGGGUGACGAAACUCGUGGUGGCCAAGGACCGAUUCUCAUCUACGGUGGCUCGACUGCCACCGGUGUUCUCGGCCUUCAGUUCGCCCGCCUUUCGGGGUUUACUCCCAUCACCACCUGUUCUCCCCACAAUUUCGAUCUCGUCACCAAGUUCGGAGCUCAGGAGUCGUUCGACUACGGCGACGACGACGCCGCCGAGGACAUCCGUGCGUCUACCGACAACAAUCUCACGCUUUGCUGGGACACCGUGUCCACCGCCUGGACUGCCAAGUUCUGCGCCAGCGCGCUGUCUUCCAAAGGUGGCAAGCUGGCUGCCCUCCUGCCCCUGAGGUCGCCAGAUGCCCGUGUGGAGUGCGCAGACACAAAAGCCUACACGGUUUUUGGAGAGGACUGGGCUAUGGGGGAUAAGAGCUUUGCCGCCAAAAUGGAGGACUUUGAGUUUGGGAAGAGGUGGUGGACCAUUGCCGAAGGGCUCAUACGACAGGGCAAGAUCCGGCCUCACAAGAUCAAAGUCGGGGCAGGGGGGCUUAAAGGCGCGCUGGAAGGCUUGAACAUGCUGAGGGAUUCAAAGGUCAGCGGACAUAAGUUAGUGUAUCUCGUUGCCGAUACGCCUUAG